AUUGGUCUCAUCUUUGUGUACCUCUGGCGGGGAGAGGUCUUCCCCAUCUGAGUGAUCAUUUGGGGGAACAGCUCCAUCAGAGUGCUACGAGGACUACUCAGAGUUUGCUCCAGCUCUUCAUCCUGGUCUUCAGGCUGCACCAACACAUCCAUCAGGUUCCCCUGAGGUUCAUCCAACAGGCCAAUGCCAGAAGCCUGGGUUUGGUCCAUCUCAGACACCCCUGUGGGAUAUGAAAGAUAAGGUGCCCACUUGGAUUUUGGAUAUAACGCCGUCAUCAUUUAAUGUUGUUGAGGCCAACUAUAAUCUUUCAAGAGCAUAGAAUAAUUUUAGAAACAUAAGAAAGAUGUGUCUCACCAUCAAUUAUAGAGUCAUUACUUUCAACGCUCUCAUUGGACUGCUUCACCUGGUAAUCAAUCUAUUUAAAAGGAGAGAGCAACAUUGCACAUAAUCCAUACGGUGACUCGUACACCAGAGAUGUUAGUGGUCAAUUACCUGGGAGUCAUUUGUCGUGUUGCCUUCUGUAAUAGAACAAAAUAAAUGGUAUUAGACAAAUGUAUAAACAAACUAAUGAUGUUAUCUAGCCAAUAGUUCCCAUUUACCUGUGAAGGAAUAUUCCCUCCAACUUGUUGGCCUCUACGGUGAGAAAGAGCUUUAAAUCAUAGCAAACUUACAUUGAAUACAAUAAUAACAGUCUAAUGUUUUUCCCUCAAUAUAUUAACAUAAUUCAUACAUUUUAAAUAAGCAAAUACAAUGGGCUUAAAUAUUUAUACUCUAAAUCGUUGUUUUUUUUUUACAGCCCACCACCAAAUAAGUAGAUAGGUAAAUGCUCUCAAUCAAAAAGGACAAAAAAAUAUAUAUAUAUGCAAACCUCUGCUUCUAUCCUGGAAAUCUCCAACUCUGUCGCUGUUAUGGACCGUGCAAUGUCUUGAGCAUGUAAGCACAUAAUGUAUUAGGCAAAGCAGAACUAUUGGUGUAACGAUCUAUAUUCAUUGAUUCUAAAGACGAUGGCAAACUGAGGCCAGGUCGUUACUUAAGUAUUGAACAAAUAUAAGCCUAAAGACAGAUAUAAAACAUGUCACCCAUAAAAAACGAACUAUAGUAUUGGUAAGUUACCUCCAUUUGUUUCAUGUUUGAAGUCCACCACCUUUGCACCAACCCGUUUGCUCAAUUUGUUAUACUGUAAAACAGAAGAAUAGAAUAGAGUGCAAAUGAAGUUUAGAUUAUUUUAUAAUAUAGACAUACAUACACACACACAACCAAUCCAAAAUCUAAAUGAUGGAUCCCCAGAAGCCUAACAUUUGUGUGAUGGUUCCCCAUUUUGGAGGUCCUUGAUGGGUGUACCCUUAAGAACCUCCCUUUUAGGUACGAAAAGGGUGCGUUUCUCCAUGAAAUGCCGCAAGAAAGCUGUGAGAUUUCCCCACUUCGAACUCGGAAGGCUGGUGUCCGAGGCAUCUGGAUCACACCAUUAUGGUGUAUGGCUUCGCCCGUAAAGAGAUUUAUUUUCUUUGUAUUUGUACCACGUUGGUCAUGUUAAUGUUGCGCACUUGAUUACAUUGCUACUGUAUUCCGGUCACCAAUUUAUGUAUUACACGGUCUUGCUGUUAAGUUGUGUUGUGUUGUUUGUCUUCGAGAUAGUUUGCUAAAGAGGCUAAUGUAGCUAACAAGAAACAACGACUGGCCAAUUUCAUGACACAAUCACAAAGACGAACGGGAACGCUAUAAGUGCUCCGACAGCGUGACAUCACAAGUCGGAAGGCUGGUGUCCGAGGCAUCUGCAUCACACCAUAAUGUGGAAUGUUUUGUUGGCUAAAAAAAUGACGUGAAAAUACCACUGAUGCAAAUGUUAAGUGAGUUAUAUUUUUCUAAUGCAAGAAAAUGGGGAAAAAACGCUGACUUUAACCAUUCCGAAGGCGAACAACUCUGGGUUGUUCGUAUCCACAUAUAGAAACCACGCGUGAGCAGGCCUCCAAAAAAUAAUGCACCGGAAUUAAGACAGGAAUUGCCAUAACUCGCAAUCAAACAAAAACAAUCAGCCCUGUUUUUUCAAUAAUGCUGUAAUCCAUUUGGAUGGUACGUUGGUACGUGCAAAUCGUAAGUUGCAGAUGCUGCUAUCCAUUUGGAUGUACGAAGUGGUAAAGUCGCCAAUCUCCCAGCUUUCUUGCGGCAUUUCACUGAGGCACGCCCCCUUUCGGUCGUAGUAUCUCGUCGCUUUCAAAGUAGAGCGAGCAGAUCUGUACAACUAGCAAACAAGAUGGCUGCGCCCAUAGUCAAUGGGGAUUGAGCUAUUUUUUUUUUGUAUUUGUACCACGUUGGGGGUUAUAAUGUCAAUUUUAAAUCCUCUUACACACUUGAUUUCAUUGCUGCUUUAAUCCGGUCACCAAUUUAUGGUCUUGCUUUGCGUGAAAUUCAAUGUAAAGUUGUGUUUUCAAGCUGGUUUGCCAAAGAGGCUAUGUUGCUAAUGAUGACUAGCCCGCUACUACCCCUCGUGGCUCGACAGAAACACGACAGCACUUGUUGAAAUAAAAAUUGGCGAAAAUGGCAAAAUAUUAUUGCAAUGUAAAAGGCUUGCAAUGUUAAUGGUUCUGUAAAGGCUGGCAACCAUUAAACACUUGAUUAUUUAUUUUUUCCAAAAUAGUUUUCUUCUUAAACUCGUCGGACACAAAUAGCAAACUGGAAGGCUGGAGCAAGGGAAAUACGUCACGUUCUCGCUGAAGCUGGUCGUUCGUACCAGCCUACCAUCAAAAUGGAUAGCAGCAUCAGCUUUCUUGCGCAAUUUGCGGAGGCACUUCCCCUUUUAGUCGCAGUAGAUUUCCCGUUUCUCAUUGGCUAGUCAUUGUUAAUGUUAGCUACAUUAGCCUCAUUAGCAAACCAGUUCGAAAACAAACACAACUUUAAAUUGCAUUAAAGGCACAGCAAGACCCUGCAAUGCAUACAUUGGUGCCCGGCAUUAAGUAGAAAUGUAAUCAAGUAUGUAAAAGCAUUUAAAAUCUACAUUAAUUACCAACGUGAUACAAGGUAAAAAUAAAUCUAUACGGGCGCAGCAAUUUUUGAUGACGAGCAUUACGUUCGCCUCACUGAACUCUCUACUUUCAAAGCGACGAGAUACUACGACCAAAAGCGGACGUGCCUCAGUGAAAUGGCGCAAGAAAGCUGGAAAAUGUGCGACUUACAACUUGCACGUAACGGCGUACCAUCCAAAUGGAUUACAGCACAAGUUGGCUUCAAAGCGGCCAAGGAACUCACCUCGGCUGUCUCGCUCAUAAGCCUCGCUGGCAUAAAUAUGUCAGCAUGCUCACUGAACAUUGCGUACACGACGAGUUGGUGAAACCGCACGCAUUUUCUUCACAAAAUGCACAUGCGGCGACAUGUCAAGUUUAAAUUCAGUCCAUCCUACUACAGUGGCCGACUACUAUGGUCGCUACACAACGCCCAGACAAUUGACAAGUUGACCCAUACCUUUUCUGUCAAUCGGUCCAGAAUAUUCACAUAGUUGCUAAUAUUUUUCUGCAUAGACCAUUGCAUUUCGUUUUCCAUUUUGUCGACAAAUAGGGGAAGAUAAGCUUGUACUGGCAACCGGUGGCUUCGAGUUCAGCAGGAUUUUGAAGUCGAGUUUUUCUUUAAAAUAAAGAAAUGUGAUUGGACCGUGCGAAUACGUCAUAUAGUUCACGACGUCAUCGACCCGCGACUAAAACAACAAGCUGUGUUCGAAAUCGUUCCCUAUACACUCACUCACUAUUCCCUAUAUAGUAUAUAGUGUUCAUGAUAUAGUGCCCUAUAUAGGGAACGAACAAACGAGAAUUCGGACACUACGCUGAACAUUUCCAAACAUCAUUUGCGUCAGUAAAUGCGCUGGGUAUUUGUGUGACGCAGACAGAUGCGCCCACAUCAUGUAAACAAACCCGGCACUCACGAGGAAAGCUGGAGGUUGUAUUGAUGUUAAAUGUUACAUUUCCUUGAUCAAGUUUUUUUUUUUUAUUAAUUAUGAAUGUUACAUUUGCUAUGUUAAAUCCAAAAUAAAUUGACAUUUCUAAGCGAAACUCCAUCGUUAAAUUUAUUCGUUUUCGCGGUUAUUCAGCUUCUUCUUCUCCUCCGGAAAAACACGACCGCAUUGCAUUGUGGUAUACGGGAGUAAUAUGUGUGGAACAUCGUAUGUACACUAACAUUGUGCACUAUAUUAUAUACAUUACUACAUUGUGCAUGAAAUUAACCACUGAGAAUUCGAACACCACUACAGAAUGGCGAGCCCCCUAUAUAGUGCACUAUAUCCUGAUAGGGAACGAUUUCGAACACAGCUCAUGUAUAGGAUGUCAAUGGGUCAAUGCUCUAGUCUAUGCACAGAAGCUCCCGCGAGGUUUUAAUGUCACGUGACAUGUCGCAUAGGGAAGUUAUCGCCAGCAUUUCUGACUAUUUGAUCCUAGAAUGCAUUCUGUUAUGCGAGGCAACGCAAAUGAUCUGAAACUUCAUUCAGCUACCCGAUCCGUUUAACCAAUACACUGUUCUUCCAUAUACCCAUAGAAAAAUAACAUUGUCGGCAUAGUCAACUAACGAGGUUGACAUCAGGAAUCUUGUUUUUUCUUGACGAAAUGAAUGGAAAUAAGCUACAAGAUGCUUUGAUCGCAGCUGCCCUUAAGCAUGCAGAUAGAGUAGCUGUCACAUUUGAUAUGGGCUCAGGUCCUGAGAAUUGCGUUUCGUUAUCAUACAAAGACGUGGUGGGCCAUGGAAAUGAAUUGUCUUCUUCUCUGCGGAAUGUAUGUCGCGAAAAUAAUGGCCUUAUUGGGUUGUAUGUUCAAAAUGACUUGUAUCUUCCUGUCUGGAUUUUCGGAAUUCUACAGUUACCAGCUGCCUAUCUGCCUCUUAAUCCAGAUGUCCCAGGAAUUCUGUCCGCUCGCAUAAUGAGCAUGUGUGAUCUGAAUUACUGCACUCUGCAGAGCAGUUUGUUUGAACAUUUCCAGAAGAAGUUCUCCAAACUGAUUACUGUGGAGGUAUGUGCUGUGUGGCCCGAUUACAACCUGACCCUUGUGAGAGUUCAGCCGCUGUCAUCAGCUGUCAUAUUGGACCUAGGGACACAGCAGGAAGGAACUCGGAGAGCUUGUGAAGGAUGGCCCCAUGCCUCGACAUAUCUUGCUGAUUACACCAAAAAAGGAGAUUUUGCAUAUGUGCUUCACACUUCGGGAACUACUGGGCUUCCAAAAAUUGUAAGGGUACCACACAAGUGCAUAGUACCCAAUAUACAGCAUCUCAGAUCUUUAUUCCAGAUUGGUGCAGAGGACUUGGUUUUUCUCGCAUCGCCGUUGACCUUUGACCCCUCGGUGGUAGAGAUUUUUCUUGCCUUGUCAUCAGGGGCUCGGCUGCUCAUUGCCCCCUCCGUCAUCAAGAAAGCGCCCAAUCGAUUGGCAAAACUGCUCUUCAAAGAUCACAAGACAACUGUCCUACAGGUUACGCCCACUUUGCUGGGACGUUUCGGCCACCGCACGCUCACAGAGGAGGUGUUGUCUGCAGGCUCUUCCUUACGGGUGCUGGCCCUCGGCGGGGAGGCCUGUCCCUCCCUAGGCCUGCUGCGGAGCUGGAGACAGGAAGGCAACAGGACUCAGAUGUACAACGUCUAUGGUAUCACAGAGGUGUCCUGCUGGGCCAGCUGUCACCAAGUCCCUGAGAGCCUGCUGAAGUCCAGCCAUCAAGCUGCGUCUUCCAUCCCAAUAGGAGCCCCUCUGCUGAACACCAGUGUGGAGGUCCGAGAUGAUUGGGGCUGUGUCAUAACGGUGGGCCAAGGGCAACUUUUUAUAGGUGGACAGGAAAGGGUAUGCCUCAUCGACGAUGAGUCCACGAUGGUCCCAGGAACGAUGCGAGCCACUGGGGACUGGGUCGAGAUGGAAGGCAAACAUCUCCACUACCUGGGACGGAGGGACAGGCUGGUAAAGCGAAAUGGCCAACGCGUGAACUUGGACACAGUGCAACAAGUCAUGAUGAGUCUCCCUCAGGUGGAGUCAUGUGCCGUGGGUCUGUUCAAAGGCUUACGACUGGUCGCCUUUGUCGUAGCGUCACCAUCCGUCUACCAGGUGGCAGCGACUCCUCUUCAGGCGGAGCUGAGCCUCUCCGUUCCCGGGGAUCAUGAGGGAGACUGGGGCUUCUUAGAUGACCUCCCAGAGGACGGGAGCAGAUCUGAUCCCCCAAUCAGAGUCCUUCACAGGGUUGUCCUACAGCAGCUAUCCCUGCUGGUUCCCAGUGCCAGCAUUCCAGACUCCUUGGUUCUAGUCCAGGCUCUGCCGCUAACUGCUCACGGAAAGGUGGACAUGAAUGCACUGAUGAAGUUAUACCAACAACAGAGGGAACAUUUGGAGUCAGUCAAUUCAUUUGAGAAUAUGGCUAAACUCAAACAGAGACUCAUCUGUCUAUGGCAGGAUAGUUUGGGUCUUCCGGAAGAUGCAGUGGUUGAGGAUGACUCCCUCUUCCUGUUCAGUGGAGGUGACUCUCUGAAAGCCCUACGUCUCUGCGAUGACAUCAUAGCAACCGUCGGACUUGGCGUACCGGGACUUUUAGAAGCCAUACUUGAAGGGUCGUUCACAGAGGUGGUGUACCUCGUUGCGAGGGCAACACGGCUCUCCCCCGCAGCUGACAAUAUUCCAAACGCACCCUCGGCUAGGAAACGUUCAGCAGACCAUCCUGCCUCUUCAACCAUGGUCAAGAGAGAACACACAGAAACGUAUUCAGCACCACAUCAUCUACAUGGACCAGUAGGUUCAACUGAUGGCAGACUUACUAAAGUACUGAGGAGGGCUGGUCAGGUACUGGAAAUGAAUGUGAGCAAUCCAGAGACCCUCAGCGGCUCUCACUGUAAAACGAUAUCGGCAAACAUCAAGAAUGAUUAUUCAGCCAAAGAUACUAGCGAGACGGGGAUCCAGCAGGCGUUGGUCCCAGAGCUUGAGCCAAGAUCCCCAGAGCUGCGUGUGAGAUGGUCUUCAGACAUGGGUCGCUGUGUGGACGCCUCGCCACUGCUGGUAGUGGUGCAGGACAGCGAGGCCGGAGGAACUGGGUCAAAAAAAGCUACGGUGUUCAUCGGCUCCCACUCUCACCGCAUGCAGGCCCUGGACCUGACCACCGGGGGGCUUCUGUGGGAGCGCGUGCUGGGAGACAGGAUAGAGUCGUCAGCCGUGGUGAUGCGCUGCGGGACCCAGCUGGCAGUAGGUUGCUACGAUGGCGCUGUGUACUUUCUGUGUGUGGCGUCAGGGGCGAGUCGGUGGGUGUUUGAGACGGGUGAUGCCGUGAAAAGCAGCCCUGCGGUGGACCCCGCCACAGGCUUGGUUAUCGUAGGUUCUCAUGAUGGCCAUCUCUAUGCCUUGGACCCGCAGGCGCAAAAGUGUGUAUGGAAGUAUCACUGUGGUGGGGGGGCAGUUUUCUCGUCUCCAUACCUCGAACCAACCCGGAGGCGCCUUUACGCCGCAUCUUUGAGGGGUCACUUUGUGUGUCUCUACCCUGACAGCGGAGAGGUGAUGUGGACAUACAACCGAGAGACUCCCUUCUUCUCCUCUCCCUCUGGCUCUCCUGGCUGUGUGGUUAUUGGCUCUGUGGACGGAAACAUCUGCUUCUUCAGCGACACAGGGCAACUGCUGUGGCAGUUUCUGGCCAAAGGAGCGGUGUUCUCAACGCCAUGCUUCACACCCGACAGGCAGAGGGUGCUGUGCGGGGCACACGACGGUUACGUGUACUGCUUGGAGACCGCCGGUGGCUCCCUGGUCUGGAGCUUCCAGACGUCGGGCCGGGUUUAUGCCAGCCCAUUUGCCUUUGAGAGCCGAUCCGCCUUGGGCAGAGAGCAGGUUCUGGUGGGAGUUGCCUCAACUGACGGCAUGCUUUGGAUCCUAGACGAAAGGGACGGAUGCAAGAUCGCUUCUCUCAGUCUCCCCGGAGAGCUGUUUUCCUCGCCCGUGGUGUGGGAGCGCACCCUUUUGGUGGGUUGUCGUAACGACAUGGUGUACUGCGUAGAUCUGACGAACCCGCCGAACAAAGAGGAGCUGGAAGGACACGCCCACAUGGAAACACUUCCAGGGACAGGAGAUGCAUAGCAACGUUAAUACCCACAAAUAAAGGUAAUCUCACUGAUGUCCCUCUAGGGUCUCAAUUACAAAUUCUCUCUGGAAACCAGGUUUGGGGAUCAAGAUCACAUGUACCUUUGACGGAGAAAUAAGGAAUCUGGUGGACAAUUUGUGUUUCAGACAUUAGCAUUUACUUAACAUUAUUCAGAACAUUUUGCAUUUCGUAAGAACUUCCUCAUGAAUACCUAUUAAGUGGGACAAAAAAGUGCAAUUAUUACCAAACAUAUUUGUUACAUUUAACACUGUGCAACGCUACACUAUUGUACACAACCAUAGGUAUAAACAAUAUGCCCAAGUGACUCUGCCUUAGGUGGCCCCUCGCUGACCAAGGCCCUGGUGGAACCCCUUGACUUACAUACGUGAUUCCUUAAAUAGAGGUCAUGAUGUCUUACGUACAACUCAUUACAUCAAAAGGUGAGGAAGAUAGCGUCGUAGAAAUCCAUUUGAAACGUUAUGACAAGCUAACCAGUUCAAAUCACAUUAAAAAGGAAGUGAUGCCCACAAACACAGUUGUGUUACAGUAGGACAGACACAAGAGACAUAUAUUAUAGCGAGUAGGUAGCCAUAUUCUAUUUCUCUCACUCUUACUCUGUACCCAGUCAAUUGAGUGUUACGUUCAUCACCAUAUUGUGACAGCAAUGUACAAUUAACAGUUAAUGCCCAAUAACACUGUCAGCCUUUGACGCACUGUUUUUAGCUAUGCACCACGAAGGAUUUCUGAAAGAUUGUAUUAGCGUGCAUGAGAUAGAAAUUGUGUCAACCGUUUCAUGGCAAAUUAUACAAUAGCUUCUUUGACAGUUGUCACAGUCGUCACGGACACAGUGCACAUUGUUAGGCUAAGUACAGGUCGCAGUUCAUAAAACAAAACUGGAGGCUCUGAGAGGAGAUGGCCUAUCUGUGUUUAAGUGCAAGGGAAACUCUUAGCAUUAAACUACACCAACAUUGGAAUGUAACAAAGGAGAUGACUGUAACACUGGGAUGCUUGGUGGAAAGUUCACCCAGCUCUGUCCUCCAGGUAAGUUAAUGAAAUCGUUUAGCCCUUAAAACAAUAUUUUGAAACCCCCAUGUUGACAAAACGCUGGCUUUGACAUUCUUCCCCACAAGCCGUUGGUUAAACUCUAUUGAGAUGAGGAUAUAAUAUGGGGUAUCUUUAGCACAGGAUCCAUCUACAACCAUGGGGACCACAAUGGCUACAAAAAAAAGUAAGUAAUUUGGAUUGGCUUUUGCAACGGAAGCCAUUGUUGGUAUUGCCAGUGGAUUUUUGUCGUUCUUAAAUCCGAGGUGCUCAGAGCUGAGAGCAAACAUCAAACUGACAUGUUUCUUCUAGUGACUGGCGUUACUUUUUCCUUUCUAUUUUCAUUUGACUAUUAAAUGCAUGCUUGCAAUACUAAUGGUUAGUAUAAAAGUAUGAUUUUGUUUUGAUCUUCUCGUAUAUUUCACGGUAAAUCACACUUUAUCUUGAUUAAUAUACCAACCAUUGAAUGUUUUUUUUGUGUGUUUUUCUUGUUGGUUUUACAGGGUCAGGUGGUGGGACGUUGAGUAGGACCUGGAGCUGAACUGCAAUGAAGGGGAUAUUAUUGACACAGUCGGUGGGCAGUGUGCAGUGUGGGCUACUUGAUGAUCUGAGGGCAGUCACUCCAGGCUUUGGCCUUGCGCUUGGCAAGAGCCAGCCAGGCCGGCUCUGUGCACACCUGGGGAGAGUCACUGGAAGAGAAGCGCUUGGACACCUCCUUCACAGCAGGGGGCAACGAUGUUGAGUCUGCAAUCUCGACUACACCGCAAAAAUGAAAAGCAUAGACCAUAGCGUCCGAUGGUUAAGUGACGAGCUUCUUUGGAAGACAAAUGGAAUAAUGCAAUACUAAACAGCGUAAGGCAUCAACGUAUACCUAGGUGUCACUUGUAAUACGAUAACACGAUAACAGAAUGGGUCUGCUACUUUUUUUUGCAAUUUAAUGUGAAUGACGAAUACUACGUUGUAGUUUCUUCUUGAAGUGUGUAUUACGAUAGAUACUUUGUCAUUUGAACUUUAACUUUAAAUAAAUCCAACUUCUGUGUGAGCGUCAUAACUCUUGCUUGAUAAGCUCUCUAAGCACAAUCAACUGUCAUCAAAUAUGUAUAACAUUUAUAAAUUAAACAGCACAUGGGAACAACUUGCAAACCAUUUAUCCAGCUUCUUACCGGUGACAGAGCUGGGAAGAGUGUUUGCUUUCUUCAGAUGUUCUCUCCGGUCAAAGCGUCCCAGAAGACUAUCUGGUCUCUUGGGCUCCUCGGGGGUCAGAGCUUUUCCUGGUCUAGGGCCCGGGGUUCCCCUGC